CCGCUCGGGCCGGCCGAGUAGUGUAGAGCAGGCCGCAUGAGCGCGCCGGUGUGGUAGCGCAGCGUGCGCGGGUGUGGUAUGCCCGCGCGUCGCAGCCAUGGCCCCCAUCCUGGCGGCCUUGGCGCUGCUCGCCCUGCUGCCCGUAUCGGAGCAAGGGCCGCACGAGAAGCGACUGUUGAAUGCGCUGUUGGCCUCCUACAACACCCUGGAGCGGCCUGUUGCCAACGAGAGCGAACCUCUCGAGGUGCGCUUCGGCCUCACGCUGCAACAGAUCAUUGACGUGGAUGAGAAAAACCAAAUCUUGACCACAAACGUCUGGCUUAACUUGGAAUGGAAUGACUACAACUUGAGAUGGAAUGACAGCGAGUACGGAGGUGUCAAGGAUCUGCGCAUCACACCGAACAAGCUUUGGAAACCUGACGUUUUGAUGUACAACAGUGCUGACGAGGGUUUUGACGGGACAUACCAGACGAACGUGGUGGUCAGAAGCAACGGCAGUUGCCUGUACGUGCCUCCGGGCAUUUUCAAGAGCACAUGCAAGAUAGACAUCACUUGGUUCCCCUUCGACGACCAGCAUUGUGACAUGAAGUUUGGUAGUUGGACCUAUGACGGCAAUCAGUUGGACCUGGUGCUUAAAGAUGAAUCUGGUGGUGACUUAUCAGAUUUUAUAACGAAUGGAGAAUGGUAUUUAAUAGGGAUGCCUGGAAAGAAGAAUACAAUAACAUACGCGUGUUGCCCGGAACCUUACGUCGAUGUCACCUUCACCAUUAUGAUACGCCGGAGAACAUUGUACUAUUUCUUCAACUUAAUAGUUCCGUGCGUACUAAUUUCAUCAAUGGCGCUUCUCGGCUUCACUCUACCACCGGAUUCCGGAGAGAAAUUAACACUCGGUGUUACGAUUUUGUUAUCGUUAACAGUUUUUCUCAACCUGGUAGCUGAAAAGAUGCCUACAACAUCGGAUGCCAUUCCCCUUAUAGGAGUCACUAUUCUACUGUCGCUGACGGUGUUCCUCAACUUGGUAGCCGAGACCCUGCCGCAGGUCUCCGACGCCAUUCCCCUGUUAGGAACAUACUUCAAUUGCAUCAUGUUUAUGGUGGCUUCAUCUGUGGUACUGACAGUGGUCGUACUGAAUUACCAUCAUAGGACAGCGGAUAUACACGAGAUGCCUCAAUGGAUAAAGACUGUAUUCCUGCAAUGGUUGCCGUGGAUUUUGAGGAUGUCGAGGCCGGGUAAGAAGAUAACCCGGAAGACGAUAAUGAUGACGAACAGGAUGAGGGAGCUGGAGCUGAAGGAGAGGUCUUCCAAGUCGCUGUUGGCGAAUGUUCUGGACAUCGACGACGACUUUAGACACGCGCCGCCGCCUCCCAACAGCACUGCGUCCACGGGAAACUUGGGGCCAGGGUGUUCAAUAUUCCGCACGGACUUCCGACGGUCGUUCGUGCGUCCCUCCACCAUGGAAGACGUGGGCGGGCUGGGCAGCCACCACCGCGAGCUGCACCUCAUCCUUAGGGAGCUGCAGUUCAUCACCGCAAGGAUGAAGAAAGCUGAUGAAGAAGCUGAACUUAUUAGUGAUUGGAAAUUUGCCGCGAUGGUUGUUGAUAGGUUUUGCUUGUUUGUGUUUACUCUGUUCACAAUCAUCGCGACAGUCGCCGUGCUGCUAUCUGCGCCACAUAUUAUAGUGCAGUGAAGCAAACCGGUCAAACUCAAAUACGAGAGAACUAAUUUUACUGUAAUUAUAAUUGUUUAUUUAUAUACUAUUAUCUUAUAACGUGGUUCAAACGCACACGUCAUCAUUAACUCUGUCUAAAUAUAGAUAUAAGUGAAUUGUAAUCUUUAACAUAGUU